GAUAAGUUAACAUCCCAACUUGUUCUCUAUACGCCAGCUGCAUUUAUCAAAAAUAUCUAUUUCACACGAGCAGGAAACACAUUUCGUUUUUCUUCCAUUCCCAUCUACAGCUCCCACGAUGCUGCAGAAGUGCUUCUACCUGCUGGGGAUCUUGACCACCAUCAUCUCCUUCACCUUUUCCAACGUCACGCUCUAUCCUUAAGGCACCAAUCUGCAGCUGGGCAACGUGGACUUGACGAUCCGCAACUUGGUGCCGAAGGUGGUGGAUUUCCCGUCGGCCAACCUGUCCUCCACAUCGGAUGCGCUCUUCGUCACGUUCGACAACCCCCUUUCGGCAGAGUUCACCGUCCAGGUGUACACGUUCUUCUUCUGGACCCCGGCGAACGUGCAGUUGACGGUGACUGGUGGCGCCGCGUACUCAAAAAACGCCGUUGACACCUGCGACUCGCAGGGUUUAACUCGCCAGUACUGCGACGCGAAGGCCAAUGUGGUGAUUCGUGGAGUGCUUACAAACCUGCAGAUUGCCGACGUCUCCAUCGACGUGUGCAACGAGGUGCAGUCGUUGCUGGAGUCCACGCUGAAGACGCGGGAGCAGCAGAGUUUGCCUGUCGUUGCGAACGGCGCCACUGACAUCUCGAGCGUCUUGUACUUCAGGAAGUUCACCCUCCUCAGCGAUCUCUCGCAGGCUCUGAGUGUCCCGUCGUACAAGAAGUUCAUUGCGAAGAACGCGAUGCAGGUUUCCACGGGCCUCGUGCUGCCGGUGCUCUUCGACGUUGACACGUCGGAUAAUUUCACAUCGACCGCCAUCGACAUUGCUGCUUCCAUCACCAGCAUGAUAAAGGAGCUGCUGAACAUUUCCAUCUACGACAACGUGACGGAGGGCACCACCUCCAUCGAGUACCUGGGAGGCACCGUGACGAUGCUCUCGCCGAAGAACCUUUUGAAUCCGAUCCUCAAGAAGGAGGCUCGCGCUGCGCUGAGCGUGUACGUCCCUGCCGGCGCCUCGCUCGUCUACGACGUCGUCGUGAAUGAUCUCCAGUGUCGAUUCUUCAACACCAUCUGCUCGAUACCUGCAACGAGCGGCAUCGAGGUGACCAACUCGCACUUCACCGGCUUCGGUGACCUCAACGGCAUUCUCGACAACGCCCUGGGCAAGUCCAUCGACGAGAAGAUGACCAACGUGACCUCCAAGAACGUGGAAAUGACCAGCAUCUCAUCUCGCGGGCGCUACUACCUCUCCCUCAUUUGA